UGAAAUCAGAUAUUCUUUUAUUAAAAGCAAAAAAAUGAGAUAUCAGCAAUUUUUACAUUGACAAAAGCAAACUUUAUUGACAGAAAAUGACUUAAACAAUAUAAAUAAGUAAACAAAAGCUUUAUCACCGCUCCCUCUCAACAAUUUGACUACCGAAGUUAUGUAAAUUAACAUCACAACUAUUGUAAUAAAUUAUAUUUUUACCAUUCGAGAAAAUAGUACAUACAAUUUUACAUAUAUGUUAAGUGAUCUUUUCGAUGAAACAGGUUUAAAUUGGCACAUCAAUUUUCAAGGACUAUUGAUACUUUAAAAAUAAAGAACUUUAAUAAUACAUUUGGAAAUAUGACAAAAUUGACAAUUUUAAAUUUGGUUAAAUUAAAAAUAUCAUGAAUUAGGAGAGAAAAUAUCUUAUCAAAGUUGGAUAAUUCUAUUAACGAAUUGUAGGACUGGUUAUAACGUUGAAAGAUAAUGAACUACUUAUAUCAAAUCAUCAAAAUCGUCAAGUAUCAACAAACUUAAUAUCCAAUUCAUGUUCAAUUCUCAAUAAUUUUGAACUUUGGUCCAAUUAAAAUUCUUUGGCUUUCUAAUAGGAGAUAUGCUUGACAUAUUGCAACUAAUCAUUUCAUUCAUAAUUAAAUUUGGUAAGCUUUAAGAUAUAUGAAUGAGAUACUAUCUGUGAAAGUAACUAGUGUCAAUUUUUUAUAGGAUAAACGAAUACAGGAUACCUAUAUCACCACUUCUCAAAUUCUGCCAGGAUUGAAUCUAAUUUUUUAAUAACAACAACCAGUUAAUUAGAGCUAUUCAAGUUUAGAAUUGAAAUUAAUAUGAUGUAUAUUGCUCUUUCUCCUGUAAAAGCAGAUCAGGCUUAAUUGAAAAACACAAUUUUACUCGCACUAGAAAAAUUUCAAGAAUGUUAGAGAUUACAAUCAAGAUAUUAAAAAGUAUUGAAAAAAUUCCAAAUAAAGAGUAGAAUUACUUUAUUAGAAAAUACUGUAGUUUUAAACAAUAUUGAUUGGCAGGUAAAUUUUAUAGACAAUAUUUAAUGAACUAAAGCUAUCACUCUUUUUUCACAAAACACAGAAUUCCAAUUCUUCUCUAAUAUCGGUAUGCUGUAUGUUGAAACUGAAAAAAAGAAAAACACAUUUCACAGCAUCUUGCAUUGAAUGCCUAUUACGCUUCAGCUCAAUAUAAAUCCUACAACAUUCAGCUAUUACAAACUAAUAAAUUAACAUUAUAAAAAAAUAACUAUCAUUAAACAAUAAGUACGGUAGAUAUAAUUCGGAGUUUAAGGACUUAUCAGUAAAUGAAGUGGAUACUGAUACUAAUUGACCGAACAUAGUGAGGUCUAUGUUUUAACUCGGAUUUUUUUUGUCUGUCUGUAUGUAACGCGAUUAUGGCCAAACGCGUUGAUAGAAUUCGAUGAGAUUUGGGAGGAAUAUUCCUUUUUCAAAUGUGUGUCAAUAUAUACACAAGGUUUUCUGAAAUUUUGCAUUUUAAGGAUAAUAUGAAAAGAAAAGGAAUUCCUCCAUACUCUGAUAUAACUAUAUAAAUAAUCUGCUUUGGAGAAAGGAUCAAUCAGACUAUAGAACUAUUCAUAAUCAAUCAGCUGACAAGUGGAUUAUUCAUUGUAUGUGUUACCGGCAAAGUACGAAAUCAGGCAUUGUAUAGAAUGACUAGGCAUUAUAUACAAUGCCUAAACCGGGGCAGGUAAAGUAUGAAAUAUCGCACAUUAUAUACUUUGCCUAGUCAUUCUAUAGAAUGCCCGCAGGCGCAUCAGGCAAAGUAUGAAAACACUACUGUUUCAAGUCUCAACGUGUUUACUGCUGUGUUGCCACUCUUCGCACGCCUAGCCUCAGUCCCAAAGCUACUGCUGUGUUGCCACUCUUUGCACGCCUAGCCUCGGUCCCAAAGCUACUGCUGUGUUGCCACUCUUUGCACGCCUAGCCUCGGUCCCAAAGCUACUGCUGUGUUGCCACUCUUUGCACGCCUAGCCUCGGUCCCAAAGCUACUGCUGUGUUGCCACUCUUUGCACGCCUAACCUCAGUCCCAAAGCUACUGCUGUGUUGUGCGGACGUACUGUAUAGUGUCAGUGUAUAGUGACAUUACUCUCCUACUAUAUUGUUUAUCGCUAUGGAGCAAACGGAUUCUGUUGCUGUUGAUCGGCUGUCAACAAUGAAGAAUCGGUUUACGGCUGAGCUAGUCAAGUUGCGCGAAGGCAGUGCCAAAAAUUGUGUGUGUUUAACUGAAGAUGACUAUGAAAAACUAGUGUUAGAAGUCCAAGACGCAAAGAAUAAGCAAAAAAAGGAGCCUCAUGACUACUGGUUACUAAAUAGGUAUGACGUAAUGAUAGUCGAAAAUGUUAAAAAACUAAUUUAUCCGUUGAGACCUGGAGAUAAUUCUGUAAAGUUUUACAUCCACGACUAUGAUCUUUUUUCUAUCCUCCAUGAAACCCAUUCGUCUAUUGGUCAUGGAGGAAGAGAUAGAAUGUUAAAGGAGAUAAAUAACAAGUACAAAAAUGUUACACGUCAUGAUAUUGAGCUGUAUAAUAGUUUGUGCGAGCUAUGCCAAAAGAAGCAGAAGGGUUCUAAGAAAGGACUCGUAGUCAAGCCAAUAAUUUCAUCUGAGUUUAACUCUCGUUGCCAGGUGGAUUUAAUAGAUUUCCAAUCACAACCGGACAGGGAUUUUAAGUUCAUAAUGGUAUACCAGGAUCAUUUGACUAAAUUUGUGAUUCUAAAGCCACUCAAAACCAAAACUGCAGAAGAAGUAGCUUACAACCUCGUUGAUAUUUUUACUAUGAUUGGAGCACCAUCUAUUUUGCAGUCAGACAAUGGAAGGGAAUUUUCAAACAAAAUAGUAUCCAGUUUAAAAGGGUAUUGGCCUUUGUUAAAAAUUGUCCAUGGUAAGCCACGUCAUUCUCAAAGUCAGGGUAGUGUUGAGCGUGCAAACCAAGAUAUCGAAAAUAUGUUAUCAACAUGGAUGCAGGAUGAACAAACAAACCAUUGGAGUGAAGGGUUGAAGUUUGUUCAGCUCAUGAAAAAUAGGGCCUUUCACUCUGGAAUUAAAAGAACCCCCUACGAGGCUCUAUUUGGUUGCAAGGUAAAAGUAGGCCUCACAACAUCUUCUCUUCCGCAAGAAAUAUUAGACACCAUCCUGAGUGAAGAAGACUUAGAGAGAGUGACGAAUGACUUGAAGACAUCACUAGGAGAUUCACCACAUAACAUGGACACUGACGCCAUGUCAUCUUCAGAAAAAAAUGAUACAGCGUCAGAAGCUGAACAUGUUCAUAAUAAGCACACAACCGAUGAGACAAACUUGACAACAAACGACGAAAUCCCAUCUGAUACCCAAAACACGUGUAAUAUCUGUUCCCUGAGUGUGAAUGAAAAACAUAGGUGUGCUAUGUGUCUUUGCGAUAUUCAUAUUUCUUGUGGUAAUUUAGUCCAGGUGAACAAGGACAACAAUGAUGACAGUGUUGGAAACACUGAAGAAACAUUAUUACGUCCAUUGUGUUGCAGCAAAGAAAAUAUCGCUAAUGAAAGGAAAAGGUCAAAAGAGCAUCUCGAAAAACAAGCGAAAAAAAUGAAAACUCUUUCAGACCAAAAGUUUCCGCCAGCUGCUAAUGGAUCCACUGUUUGUGUUCCAAUCCCAGAAGUUGAUAAGGGAAAAGGUGAUUUAAGAAAUGUCUUAGCUGUAGUAAUGGAAGUCACAGAAGAUGGUUUUUAUAAGCUGGGUACUAAAAACGGUAUUUUGAAACAGUUAUACUCAAGGUCCCAAUUUACUGUCUGCAAGAACAACUUUAUCAGAGCUGAAGAUGUUCCGGAGCUGAAAACUGGACUUUGUUCUGCUGCAAAUGCCCAGUCAUGUGGAAGUGGCCAAGGUUUUGUAAAAUGCACCUGUAAAACAAAAUGCCAAACAAAAAAAUGUGCUUGUGUGAAAAACAAUAGACAGUGUAAUUCAAAGUGUCAUAGCGCUCUUCCCUGCUGUAACAAAUAA